UCCAGACACAUCACUUUUGCAAAUCGCAUGCAUGGAUGCGAUAUAUUUAUUGUUUUGAACACUGUUUACAUUGUUUUCGGAGUUUUAUGCAUUAUAUUCCAGUUUUCUUUUGUCAAUGGUUGGCCGACGCUUGACUACAUGUUCAUAUUUUGAGCUAUGAUUAUAUUUGAAGGAAUCAAAUGAAAUGCUUGACAUGGCAAAAAUCACUAGAUAGGAAUAUUGAUUCUAUUUCAUUUCUUAAAAUAAAAUUGAACACUUCAACGGCAUAUCCAGCCCUGCAUCGCUUGCAAAGGACAAAUGGUAGGGAACUAUAUAUGUUACCCAUCAAGUCAGACGUUGAACGUGAACAAAAGAUGAAGAUGACUUGCACUUUUGAUGAUGUUUCAAGAAAAACGUCAAAUAUUUCUCGAAUUUUCGGUCGAAAUUUGUGCAGAAGCGAACAUAAAACCAUGACUCUCGAGCAUAAACGCGAAAGAAGAACUUCAAUGGCUCCAUUGUCACCAUGUCCAAUUCCCGAUAUCAGUGACGAUGAAUUGGUAUCGAUUUCGGUGCGCGAUUUGAAUCGUACGCUGAAAAUGCGUGGAUUGAGCCGUUCGGAAAUCGUUCGUAUGAAACAAAGACGUCGCACAUUGAAAAACAGGGGAUACGCAGCCAGUUGCCGUAUCAAGCGCAUCGAACAAAAAGACGAUCUUGAAACGAAAAAAUCAUACGAAUGGCAAGACUUGGAGAUGAUGCAGAAUAGAACGAAGAAUUUACGCGAAGAAACCAUCAGCUGGCAUCUGAAAUACGAGGCAUUGAAAAAGUUUGCCAUCGAAAAUAAAAUUCCAAUUCCACUUGAACUAGAAAAUCCAUAGACGAUUUCAAAGUGGCUCCGAUUUUCAGCAUUUACCUCACACGCUCUUGUUUUUAUUCAAAAGUAGAUUGAGUUAGAUUUCAGUGAUAUAACCCAAUUGGGUACAACAAGCACAUAAGUCUUCUGUGUUUUUCUCUGAUUUUUAUUUGUGCAUGCAAUAUUCACCGGUCCUAUUCGGAUUUGUGUACAAUUUUGCAAACAAAUUUUUUUUUCUUCAUGUAUUUGGUGGUAUAGAAUCUAAAUAAAAAACACGUCUUAUGAUCAG